CUGUCGAUGAUUUGUGAGGAAUUCCCAGAUUUGCAUUACGGUGGGAAGCGAGGAGGCGUAGACUUUGAACGCGCCGGAUUCGACAGUGACUGGAUGAAUGCCAUCAUGGGCCAGGACCAGGAUGUGGUAAACAUGAUGAUGCCCUCGACUGAUGUGAUUGUUCCGGCCAACACCCAGAUGGAUUCGUCCCAAAACUCCCAGAAGACGCCCCUCUGGAUGACCAUGAUGUAUCCGCAAGGGUAUGGAUUCCGAUCGACAACCGGAAGAAACGAUAUGAUUCCUCCGCGGUUCCGCAAAAGUCCCCGGGGUAUUGUGGACGAGUGCUGUUUGCAACCCUGCAGUUUGAAGCAGCUGAUGGCUUACUGCAAGACGGUGGUAGCCUAAAAUGGCUAAAGGUUAUAUUCGAAAGAUCACGGAACUUUGGAUCAGUCUAUUUUUGUAUGUGCCUGCUGUAGAAUGCCAUAGAACAUUAAGAAAUUUAGCCUUUAUUAAUUAUGUAAAAGUUUGGGAUAUAAAUCUCAUACAGGAGCCGAGCAGCUUUGUGAUAGAUAUUGGUAGACCUCUAAGAGAACUACAUACAUAAUAAGUUAUAUAUGAGAUGUUGGCCAUUGAAACAGUAUUGAAUUUAAGUCAUAUUUUAUCAAAGCAUUGUUGUAAGCAAAGGUAAAUAAAUAUUUACAAACUUGAAAA